UAUAAUAAUAUUGAUUAAAAAGAGGAAAUAAUUCGAAUAAUAUGUCACUUUUGGAUGUCGUACAAGACGAUGUUCCUCGAAGCCAUUCCCCAUUCAAAGGAGUGGCGGGCAAGCAGACCUUCUUUGAACGAGCUGACAAUGAGAAAGAGUAUUCUCAAGAUGAUAUGUCACUCAAAGAUCAAAGACCGUAUGAAAGCCUAAAAUUCGAGGAGGAGCCAUAUGUCCCUGUCGCUGUAGCGCAAAAGCACAUAUGACUCAUGGAGAACGAUAUGCGUCGCAUGAAGGAUAACUACAACAAGACCAUGAAGGAUCUAGAAACUGGCUUUAUCAAGCAUGAGGAGAAAACAAGGGAGAUUUAUAAUAGGACGCUUAAUGCUUGGAAAACAAAAGCCAAGAAUAAAAUUAAACAGUUUCAAGUUGCUCUCAUCAAAGCAAUAGACGAAAGAAAUGAAAUUGAAAAGACCUACAAAGAACGGAAUAAGAAGCAACGCAUCGAGAACGAGAGGCUUGAGAAAGAGAAGAUCUUCCUCAUCAGUGAGAAUGAAGCAGGCCAAGAAGAAAUUCAAGCAAAGGCUCAAUUACUUGAAGAAAUCAAGGACUCAUAUAGAAAUGAAAUUUCGGAAAAAGAUAAAAUUAUUGAUGAACGAGAAACUCAGAUAGAGAAACUAAAAGAUGAGCAGGCUGAAGUACAAGCUAAAUUUGAAGAAGAAAAGCAGCACUUAGGAGAUGACUUGUCAACCCAAUUAGCAGAAAUUACCAAAAAGCUUGAAGAGGAGACUACAAAACGUGAAGAAUUUGAAGAAAAAUGUAACGACUUGCAAGACCAAAUCGCUUCAGGAAACGCAGUAGCUGUGGCUGGAUUUGAAGCACCCAUCAAGAAGAAAAAGACUAAAAUGCUAGAUGAAGAGGAGAAAGGAAAGUCAAUGUUCGAUGAUAAUGAUUCGGAGGACAGUGAAAUCCAAAGUAUAACUUCUCAAAGAGUUGCUCAUGGUGAAAAAGCAACCACUCUCAAUAUAGCUGCAGUUGGUGCAAUGGGAGGUCACUCAAACGAAACCAAGGAACUCCUCAAACGUAUCGAUAAAUUAGAGGAGGAUAAGGCCCAAAUGGAGGAAGAAAAGAUUGAUUUAGCUAAAGCACUAAACAAUUUGAACGAACUUCUCAAAGAAAGUAGAAGCCAGAUGAAAAUCAUGCAGCAGCAGAUAGACGAUGCAGAGAAGCAAGUUGCCGAGGAAAGGAACAAGGUUAAAAUGAAGAAGAAAAAGAGCAAGAAGAAAAACCGAAUCAGAGAUGAAGAAGAAGAUGAAAAUGAGGAUGAUGAAGAAGAUACCUUCAAAGAAGAUCCAGAACUAAAGAAAAUGGUCGAAAAACUUGUCCCAGAGGAAGACAGAGAGGAUGCUGUGGCUGAAGCCAAAAGAGUUAUGCUCAUUCAUUCCUCUAAAAAUGAAGAUUUGGAAAAGGAGAUCAAGAAGUUGAGCAAAGAAAAUGAUAUACUCAAAAAAUCAUUAGCUGAAAUAAAGAAGAGAGAAGAAAAUGAUGAAGAUGCAGAGGAUAUUGAAAACCUUCAAGAAGAGAACCAAGCAUUGAUGACACAACUCAAAAACUUGAAAAAGAAAAAUAACGAAAUUGAGACUGAGCUGAAUCAAAUAAAAGAGAAUCCCAUAAUUCCUGAACAAGAGGAGGAUAGUGAUGGUGAAAUCAAAAUAAAUACUAGCACUGUAGCUCCAGUUUCUUCUGCUCCUUGUAAAAAUUGUCCAAAACUCAAAGAGACUGUUAGUGACCUUGAAGAGAAAAUAGCUAUACUAGAAGAAGAAAACCUUCACCUAAAGCAAAACCUCAAUAAAGAAGAAGAUAAAGCCAUUAAGUUAGAUCAAGAACUAUCCAACCUUAGGAAAAUGAACUUCAGCUCAGACAAAGUCAAAGCAAAAGACAUUGAUCAUGCAAUGGAGCAACAGCUCAAUGCUCUUAUGAAUGAAAAUGAAGACCUUAAAGAACAGAACGCCCAACUCAACAAGAAGGUUCAACCAACCAAGCGGCUCGAAGUGAAGCUCGAUAAGAAAGACAAAGAGAUCGAGAAACUCCACCAGAAGAUCGAAAAGCUGGAAGACAAGAAUGACCAGCUGCAAAACAUGGAAAUGGGUCCUCCCAAAAAGUCCAAGAAGAAGGGAGGAGCUUCAACUGCUGAAGCAAGGCAACUCAAAAAUAAAGACAAAGAAAUUUCCAAACUCAAGUCAAAACUUGAGAAGCUCGAAGACAGAGUUGAAACGCUCAACAUCACAGCUGAAACUCGUAAAGAAGAAAUCCGGAAUCUCCACUCCAUUAAUAAAGAGCAAGACCGAGAACUCAAAGCAUUCAAAGGAGACCUGGCUGCAGCUGAAAAGUCGAAAGACAGAUCCAUCAAGAAGAAUGAGAAGGCCAGAGGCAAAGAAGCCAAAGAAGCUGCUGCCAGAAAACAAGAACUUGAGAAGAAGCUCGAAGUCAGCAAAGGCAAAAUGUCUGCUGAGAAUGAUAAACUCAAACAAGAAUUCCAAGACAUGAAGGCUGAGCUCGAGCAAAGACUCAGAGUUCUCAAAGAUCAAAGCACUGUGCUCAACACUCAGCUCGAUGAGGCAGAGCAAGGCAUCAAACAGAGAGACAAAGAAAUCAAGAAAUUGGAGAAGACGAUUGAGGAUAUGAAAGAACAAGUCGGAGAUGCUGAGAACCUCAUGGCCGAACACAAGUCAGUCAAGAAACAACUCAAGGGAAUCACCAACGAGUUCGGAGUCAUCGAAGUGAAGUACAAAGAAGAAGUCAAGAAGCGAAAGAAACUCCACAACAUGAUCGAAGACAUGAAAGGCAAAAUCAGAGUCUUUGCAAGAGCAAGACCCAUGAGUUCCAAAGAACAGAAAGCUGGCCACACCCAAGAAGUCACCUUCCCAGAUGAAAUGACCAUUUGAGUCAACACCAAGAAUGGACUCAAGAAGUAUAACUUCGACAACUGCUUCGGGCCUGACUCCACCCAAGAAGAAGUCUUCGAUGAGUCUGUGACUCUGGUGCAGUCUGCCAUUGACGGGUUCAAUGUGUGCUGCUUUGCAUAUGGACAGACAGGAUCUGGUAAGACAUUCACAAUUCAAGGAGACGCCAAGAACCCCGGACUCACUCCGAGAAUAUUUGAAGAGCUCUUCACCAUCCUCGACUCAAUGGACAACUUCGAAGUGAGUCUGUCUUGCUACAUGGUCGAGCUGUACCUUGAAAGCUUGAAAGAUCUGCUUAGGCCCAAGAAAGCUGCUGAAGUGCCACUUGAAAUUAAGAAGAAUGCACACGGAAUGGUUGUAGUCGAAGGCGCCCACGAAAUCCCAAUUGAGUCGUUGUCACAAGCAAACAAAAUAUUCGAGUUUGGUCUUGACAACAGAAAGACUGCAAGCACCAACAUGAAUGCGACGAGUUCAAGGUCCCACCUCGUAUUCUCGAUCGUCAUCAACAGCAGGAACAAGCAGACUGGCCAGAGAACUGUCGGAAAACUCUCUCUGGUCGAUCUGGCUGGCUCCGAAAGAGUCUCUAAAACUGGUGCUGACAAAGAGCGGCUUAAAGAAGCUUUAGCCAUCAACAAGAGUCUGUCGGCUCUGGGCAAUGUUAUCUCAGCGUUAGGAGACGGCAAGAAGAAGCAUGUGCCAUACAGAGACAACAAAUUGACGAUGCUGAUGGAAGACUCGCUUGGAGGUAACGCUAAAACUCUCAUGUUCGUAAAUGUGAGUCCAGCCAGCUACAACACCGACGAGACCAACACUUCGCUCACAUAUGCGAAGCGAGUCAAGAACAUCAAAAACGUUGCAGUCAAGAACACAAAGUCGAAGCAGACUGACAAAAUGAACGCAAUCAUCAUGGAGCUGCAGGGCGAGAUCACGAGGCUGGAGAGCAAACUUGAGGAAGGAGGAGUCAAGUUUAGGAGAACAAAUACGAACUUUAACAUUGGAGAAGGAGACGAAGAGGAGAAAGAAUUUGACCCUGAUGAGGAAUAA